AUCAAGUUCUUCCAAAACCAUUUCGCGGGACCUCGCGAUAUCGCUCCUGAUUUAAUUUAUAAACAAUGAUGACGUCACCGGUUCAAACCCAGAGAUCCUCCAGAAACAUGGCGACCGGAUUUUUACGAAUCCUUUUUCUGGUGCAUAUAUUAUCACUCUUAAGUGUUUCAGUGCAUUCUUUCAGACCAGGAUCGAGGUCAAAAACUCUAAAUUUUCCUCACCAAGAAAUCAAUGAUGGAAUAAAAAGGAUAAGGCGGAGUAUCCCCACUGAAAAUGCAGCGUCUUCUUCGCGGUCGCGGACGGCAAGACAAGCGGAGAGCUCAGCCGACGAUUCCGGGGGACAUGGUAUUCAAGUCACGAAGUUUGACCUGAAUGACCCUCACCCGGAGCUUAUUGUUCAUUGGGCGGGUAAAGGCAGUGAUGUCAUAUUGUGUCUCACCCGUGACAUCACGCAAACCACCCAUUCAGCGAGCUACGUUUAUAUCUCAGAAGACUAUGGGGCAACUUUCACAAACAAGUCUAGUACAAUGUUCAACACUUCACCCAAUCAGAGACCAGUCUACGAUCGAUUUUACAGUAGUAAGGCUGAUGAAAGGAGGUAUUUGUUCACCGAUGUGGUCAACUCGCUGGUCACAUCCACCGAGGACUUUGGCAAUUCAUUCAGCACCUUCGACGUCCCGUUCAAACCGACGUCCAUCUAUACCCAUGCCGUCAAUCCUGACAUCGUCCUCGGAAUGGACGAGAAUGACGAUCUCAAAAGGCUUUAUAUCUCCAUGAAUUUUGGAGGUACUUGGGGUCUCGUAGAGCAAGAUGUUAAGAGCUUCAGUUGGGGUGUUGAGCCGUGGGAUAGGACCGAUACCAUCUAUGUAGAGAGGUUGGAGGUUGAUGGAACGAGCUCUGUCAGUAAAUCAGAUGAUUUUUAUGAGUCCAGAGAGGUUGUUAUCACUGGUAUAAAGGACUUUGAGGUCAGGGAUGACUAUCUCUUUGCCACGCGAGAGAAAGCUGGCACAGUAAGUGCAUUAUGACUUUAUAUUAAUUCUUUGCUCCUUGCUAUAUAUUCCUUGUCAUGUACAUGUACCAUUCAUUCUUCUACAGGUGUAUAGAAACAUGAAUUAUAAAGCAUGUUACAAAUUGUGCGUAUUAAAGGAGAAUGAAACCCUUGAAACCAGCUGAAUCCAUAUCAAAGAGAAAAAUCAAAGAAACAUAUUGUUGAAAGUUUGAGGAAGAUUGAAUGAAUAAUAAGAAAGUUAUGAGCAUUUGAAUAUUGAGAUCACUAAUGCCAUGUAGUUCCUCCCAUUGGCAAUGCGACCAAGAUCUGUGAUGUCACACACGUACAACUCCCUCAUUACUUUAGUACUUAUUUCACUUAUAUUCUCACUUUUGUAGAGUCUAUCACAAGGUGAGGUGUUCUCUUUAUGAGAGGACAAGUACAGAGGUUUCACAACAUUAUAUCAUUGAUGAAUCGUUUGUCAUAUGAUUAGAAUGAGCAAAAAGAGAUGUUUUUGGGGUAUAUUUUCAGUGUCCAAAAGGGUAGAGUUGUUCAUCUGUGACAUCAUAGAUCUUGGUCGCAUUGCCAAUAGGAGGAUCUCCAUAGCAUUAGUGAUCUCGACAUUCAAAUGCUCAUAACUCUUCUAUUGCUAGUCCUAUUUUACUCAAACUUUUGUUGAUCUUAUUCUUUGAUUUUUCUGCUUUCACAAAAGCUAACUUGCUCCAAGAGUUUCAUUCUCCUUUAACUAUUAUAAUUUGGUUCGCAUUAUUUUCCUGGUAUCAGAACAUACAUAUAACGUUGUACAAUAAGUGCUGGAAUCACACAAUUGAUUUGCUGCUAGGUCAGGAGGAGGGCUGUCUCAAUGCUUUCCCGUAGAGUUUACGCAAAAUUUUAAAGGGAAGGUGAGUUGAAACUUAUGAAAUCAUAGGGGGGAAACCCCGGUGUAGUGGUCCACCUGCACUCCCUCCAGUCAGUUAUAUCGGGAGGAGAGACAUGCGGGUCACAGUGAUUCAGUUUGCUUUUCGCCUCCCAGGCACAGGUGACGCCAAACAAAUAAUAGUAAUAAUAAUGACAAUUCAUGCACAUGUUGCUUUUGGUAUAUUGGAUCAAUUAAAAAAAAAACGGUGGGUAUUUCAAAAAGCUGUUUGUAAAGAUAGGUAUAACUUUUACACUAGACUGGAACAUGUUCUUAAAUUUAGUCAGCAACAACAUAUCUAGGGAUAUGGCAUAUAGCACAACUAACUGGUUGCCAACUGUGCUUAGUAAUUAAUUAGUUACAGCUUUAUUAAAAAGGUCAAGUCCACCUCAGGAAUAUAUUGAUUUGAAUCAAAAGAGAAAAAUCAGACAAGCAUAAUACUGAAAAUUUAAUCAAAAUCAGAUGUAAAAUGAGAACGUUAUGACAUUUUGAAGUUUCACUUAUUUUUCACAAAAUAGUUAUAUGCACAAUUUAGUCACAUGCAAAUGAGAGAAUAGAUGAUGUCCCUCACUCACUAUUUCUUUUGUUUUUUAUUGUUUGAAUCAAACAAUAUUUCAAUUUUUACAAAUUUGAAAAUAAGGACCAACUUGACUGAACCAUAAAAUGUUAAACAAUGGUAAUUCCACAUAUUCAGGGAGAAAUAAAACUUUGUUUCACAGGACAAUGAGGAGAAAAUAUUGAUAUUUCAUAUUUCAUAUAAUAAAAUACAAAAGAAAUAGUGAGUGAGUGAUGUCAUCAGUUCCCUCAUUUGCAUGCAGACCGGGAUGUGCAUAUUACUGUUAUGUGAAAUUAAGUGAAACUUUAAAAUGUCAUAACUUUCUUAUUUCAAAUCCGAUUUCGAUGAAAUUUUCAGUGUUAUGCUUGUUGGAGUUUUCUCUUUUUAUUCAAAUAAACAUUUUGUUGGGAUGGACUUGUCCUUUAAGCAUCCACUCGCUCAACCAUAUUCACAUGUGUGAUACAGAAACUAGUAAUGAUGAAGAUAAUCGUGUCUAAUGUUACAAUAACAUGAAACUGUAUUUUUUAAAACUGUGUUCACACUAGAAAACACCUAAGAAAGUCAAGUGCCUACAUGAACAGAGCACAAGAGGUUGUUGAUUCAUAAGUAGCUUGUGGUCUAGUGGUUAGAGCAUUGGACUCAUGAUUGUAAGGUUGUGAGUUUGAAUCCCCAUUCUGCCAUUGUCUCCACUUUGAUGAUAUCUGUUUGCUAUAAGGUCAACCACAAAGCCUGAUUAAUAGACAUUUUCCUAUGUAAUUGGUUAUACACCAGCAAAAAGCUGUCCUGCCAAGUUCCUACUGGAGUCGCAAUAACAGAAACAAGUAGCUUUAAUUCAGCUGACAGGUUCAGUGUCAUCAUGAGUGCAUGAAUGAAUGAAGGAGUGGAUGAAUAAUGUAGAUGAACAGAUGAAUAAAUGAGUGAAAGAAAGAGAGAAAGAGAGAAAGAAAGAAGGAAAGAAAGAAUGAAGGAAAGAAAGAAAGAGUGAAUGGAUGAAUGGAUGAAGGAAUGAAUGAAUGAAUGAAUGAAUGAAGGAAUGUACAUGUAUGAAUGAGUGAAUGAAUGAAUGGAUGGAUGAAUGAAUAAUAUUCCGCAUUUAUAUAGCGCUUAACACAUCGGAACGAUGUCUCUAAGCGCUUUACAGAUAUAUUAUUACCCUGGUCAUCGGAUCCUUGCAUGCCUGCAUACAAUGUAUGCAUCUUCUCCACUCCCUGGGGAGCAUUCCAACAAGAGUUCCAAGACUCAAUUGCUAGGCAUACUACAUAGGCUUUCGCAUCCUACCGGGUACCCAUUUAACACCUGGGUGGAGAGUGGCAAAUUGUGGAUUGAGGCCUUGCCAAAGGACGCUAGGCCAUGGUGGGAUUCGAACACACGACCCUCUGAUUACAAGGCGAGAGUCAGAACCGCUACACCAUGGAGCUUCCACUGAAUGAAUGGAUGAAUGGAUGAGUGAAUGAAUGGAUGAAGGAAUGAAUGAAUGAAUGAGUGAGUGAGUGAGUGAGUGAGUGAGUGAAUGAGUGAAUGAAUGAAUGAAUGAAUGAAUGAAUGAAUGAAUGAAUGAAGGUACAUGUAUGACUGACUGACUGACUGACUGACUGAAUGAAUGAAUGAAUGAAUGAAUGGAUGAAGGAAUGAAUGAAUGAAUGAAUGAGUGAGUGAGUGAGUGAAUGAAUGGAUAAAGGAAUGAAUGAAUGAAUGAAGGAAUGAUAUAAUUGAUGA